GAGCGCAAACCGUUCAUACCCCGGGAGACGGUGACUGACAGACUCUCCGCGAGCCUCCACAUAUAAGAGAGGGGGAGGAGGGAGCCUCAGCCACUUCUGAGCCUUUGCGUCUCCAGGCUGCGGAUGGAGUGAGCCGAACGUGUACUUCAGCGUUUUUUUACGCGCGGCAUUUGCGGGAAAUCCCACCACUUUCAUUCAUUUUUCAUCCUGGGCGUAAAACCGUCAAAUGAAUUAUUUUUCGAUUUGAACAUUCCUAUUUUGUUUCCUUGUUUGUGGAUGUCUAUCAAGAGUUUGUACUGAUCAAUAAAAUCAGGAGAAAUGAUACUCAGGAGCAGUCUCUUCUUGUUGCUCUUAUCUACAUUCCAUCAAGUAGCACCCCAAGAUGGAGAGCAGGAGGAUGAGAUGUCAUUUGACUUGUUUGAAAUAAGCCACAUCACACGCAAGACUCUGGGAGCCAAGCAGUUCCGGGGCCAGAACCUAGAUGCCCCAGCCUACCGCUUCAUACGCUUCGACCACCUGCCUCCAGUCAGCACCCCUAUACUUAAACAAAUCCUACGACAGAUCCAAAACAACGAAGGCUUCGUGUUUGUCGCCAGCAUCCGCCAGGAUCGAGGCUCUCGUGGCACCCUGAUCGGUCUGGACGGCCCUGAUGGUCGAAGGCAGUUUGAGAUCGUAUCUGACGGACGAGCCAACACCCUGGAUCUGGUGUACUGGGUGGACGGCUCGAGGAACGUAUUCUCGUUUGAGGAUGUGGACCUGUCAGACUCUCAGUGGAAGAAUGUCACCCUUCACAUCCACGGGGAGAAUGCAAACCUGUUUGUGGGCUGCAGCCUGAUCGACAGCUUCAUCUUGGACGAGCCUUUCUAUGAAAAUCUGCGAGCGGAGGGAAGCCGGAUGUUUGUGGCAAAGGGAUCCACACGGGAGAGCCACUUUAGGGGCCUUCUUCAGAAUGUGCAUUUCCUCUUCGACACCUCAAUGGAAGACAUCCUCCUGAGCAGAGACUGUGAGGUUGAGAAACAAGACACUGACAAUAUUGUGAGCGAGAGCACAGAGAUUGUAGAUGUGAGGCCUUCCACCACUACAAACAUCAUAGGUCAGAAGACAGAUGACCUGGGCACAGAUAUGUGUGAACGCUCAUGUGAGGAACUUAGCACCAUGUUCCAGGAGCUCAAAGGCCUGCGUGUCGUUGUUAGCAAUCUUAUUGACGGCUUGCAAAAAGUGACAGAGGAGAACACAGUCAUGAAGGAGGCCCUGGGGAGAAUGAAGGACUCAAAGGAGAAAAACAUGUGCUGGCAGGAUGGACGUCUGUUCGAAGACAAGGAGGACUGGGUUGUAGACAGCUGCACCAAAUGUACCUGCCAGGAGUCCAAGAUUGUGUGCCAUCAGAUUACGUGUCCACCUGUGGCUUGUGCCAGCCCUUCGUUAAUAGAUGGAGAGUGCUGCCCUGUGUGCAUGCCUAAAGACAGCGAGGAUGGCUGGUCCCCUUGGUCAGAAUGGACCGAAUGCACAGUCACUUGUGGGAUAGGAACUCAGCAGAGGGGCCGGUCAUGUGAUGCAACCAGCAACCCCUGCAGCGGACCUUCUAUCCAGACCCGAAAAUGUAGCCUGGGCAGGUGCGACAGCCGGGUCCGCCAAGAUGGAGGGUGGAGUUUAUGGUCACCAUGGUCGUCUUGCUCUGUGACGUGUGGAGAAGGACAGAUCACCAGAAUACGACACUGCAAUGCUCCUGUGCCCCAGCUGGGGGGCAAAGACUGCGCGGGAAGUGGAAGAGAGACUCAGAAGUGCAUCGCCGAACCGUGUCCAAUUGAUGGUGCUUGGGGCCCCUGGUCUCCCUGGGCAACUUGUUCUGCGACAUGUGGAGGAGGGGUCAAAAGUCGUUCACGGGAGUGUAACAGCCCUCGACCUCAGUAUGGUGGGAAGAAGUGUAUUGGGGAGCCUAAUGACAGUGACAGCUGUAACAAGGAGGAUUGCCCCAUCGAUGGCUGCCUGUUUAACCCUUGCUUUGGUGGAGUUGACUGCAGCAGCUCCCCAGAUGGAUCUUGGGAGUGUGGCCCAUGUCCUGCUGGUUUCCGUGGAAAUGGUACCCACUGUGAGGAUAUCAAUGAGUGUGACAUGGUGUCUGAUGUUUGCUAUAAAGUGAGUGGAACGCAGCGAUGCGUCAACACUGAUCCAGGUUUCCACUGUCUGCCCUGUCCGAAGCGUUACAAAGGCACACAGCCUUAUGGGAUGGGGAUUGAAGCAGCCAAGAGGAACAAACAAGUAUGUGAACCAGAGAACCCAUGUAAAGAAAAAACUCACAGCUGUCACAAAUAUGCCGAAUGCAUCUACAUCAGCCACUUCAGCGACCCAAUGUACAAGUGUGAGUGUCGCACUGGCUAUGCUGGAGAUGGCUUCAUUUGUGGUGAAGACUCAGAUUUGGAUGGGUGGCCCAAUCAGAACCUUGUGUGCGAUGCCAAUGCUACUUAUCACUGUAAAAAGGAUAACUGCCCCAAUCUACCAAACUCUGGGCAAGAAGACUUUGACAAAGAUGGUCAAGGAGAUGCUUGUGAUAAAGAUGAUGAUAAUGAUGGAAUUCUGGAUGAUAGGGACAACUGUCCCCUUUUGUACAAUCCUCGCCAGUUUGACUUUGAUAAAGACGAUGUUGGUGAUCGUUGUGACAACUGUCCUUAUGAGCACAACCCUGCUCAAAUAGACACAGACCACAACGGUGAAGGCGAUGCCUGUGCGGUGGAUAUUGAUGGAGAUGAAAUUCUUAAUGAGAAUGACAACUGUCCCUAUGUGUACAACACUGACCAGAAGGACACAGACAUGGAUGGAGUCGGUGACCAAUGUGACAAUUGUCCCUUGCUUCACAACCCAGACCAGACUGACGUGGACAAUGACCUGGUUGGAGAUCAGUGUGAUAAUAACCAGGACAUUGAUGAAGACGGUUAUCAAAACAACUUAGACAACUGCCCUUAUGUGGCCAAUGCCAACCAGGCAGACCAUGACAAGGAUGGGAAAGGAGAUGCGUGUGACUAUGACGAUGACAAUGAUGGUAUACCUGAUGAGAAGGACAACUGCAGAUUGACACCCAAUGAAGACCAGUUGGAUUCUGAUGGUGAUGGAAGAGGGGACGCAUGCAAAGAUGAUUUUGAUAACGACAACAUCCCAGAUAUCCUUGAUGUGUGUCCAGAGAACAAUGCCAUUAGUGUGACCGAUUUCAGGAAGUUCCAGAUGGUCCACUUGGAUCCUAAAGGAACCACUCAAAUUGAUCCCAACUGGGUGGUCAGACAUCAGGGCAAAGAGUUAGUUCAGACAGCCAACUCUGACCCAGGCAUCGCAGUAGGUUUUGACGAGUUCAAUGCUGUGGACUUCAGUGGGACGAUGUAUGUGAACACGGACAGAGAUGAUGACUAUGCUGGCUUUGUGUUUGGGUAUCAGUCCAGCGGACGCUUUUACGUGGUAAUGUGGAAGCAGAUUACACAGACUUACUGGGAGGACAAGCCCUCCAAAGCUUUUGGUAUCUCAGGUGUCUCACUCAAAGUUGUCAACUCAACUACGGGAACCGGAGAGAAUCUCCGAAAUGCUUUAUGGCACACGGGCAACACCGCAGGGCAGGUGCGCACUCUGUGGCACGACCCCAAGAAUAUUGGUUGGAAGGAUUACACAGCUUACAGGUGGCAUCUCAUCCAUAGACCGAAAACUGGUUUUAUAAGGGUUGUGGUCUAUGAAGGGAAACAGAUCAUGGCUGACUCGGGACCUGUUUAUGAUAAAACAUUUGCUGGAGGCAGGUUAGGUUUGUUCGUCUUCUCACAAGAGCUGGUCUUCUUCUCCGACCUCAAGUAUGAAUGUAGAGAUAAGCCGCAGUUUCCAGAAGUGUUCACAAGAUAACUGAAUUUAAAGUCGGAAGGAAAAAUGUCACAUGGCUAAAGAUGAGAAUCUCUUUGAAUCGACUUCACGUCAUCGCUGAAGCAACGUAAACAAGACUUUGCAUUCUUGCAUGCUUUAACCAUCGACUGCAGGAUGUCGCAUGGCAGAUUUCAGUUUCCCUGCUGACUUGGACAUUUAUUUUAUGCUGAGAAAGAAAAGAAAAACUGAUGGGAGAGAAUGUUUUUCCAAAAAGUUUUACAGAAUGUCUAACUGAUCACCUGUUUUACAUUUUGAACUCAGUGCGCGUCUUUUCAUUAUAGGAACUUCCGGGUAAUUUUGCCAGAACUUUGCCGCAUACGCGUGUCCUCAUUUCACCAGGCUGGCCCAAAAGGAUUAUUUUCAGGGUCAUUUCAGGGACCAGCCAAGUAUUACUACUGGGGUACUGGGGUAUGUACUUGGAAAUGGCCCGGUAGAGUUGCUGGGUAGGACAACCUUGUGCUGAUUGGUUGUAACUCAGUAGGAAGUUAUAUCAGCAGAUGUCACUAAACAGCCGCCAUUUAUGAAAUUGGAAGAGUUGCUGGUGAAACAGAGUGGAAAGAAGGAAGCACAGUCAGAAUUCAUUUUGCUUUAAAAUUGCCUCUUUGAACUCCCGAUACCCAAAAAUUCAGUGCAAAUCCUCCCACAACGCCAUAAUUUUGGCUGCUUUGUAUUCCCUACAGAGCACUGUAAAAAGCAGCACUUAUUCUGGUACCUGAAUGUUGCAUUUUUCAUCACACUGCAGCGCUACCUGUUCCACAGAAUGGAGUAAAUUAUGUUGUACUUUGCAGAAUAACCAUUUUUAAAUGUUAUUAAUUCCUGCAAAGGACUUUUGGCACUGAUCAGUGACAUCAGCCACUGCUGAGACCGUCACGACAGGGAGCCUAAGUUUCCUCCCUUUCUGGUCGGCUCAUGGGUUUCCGGAAGAAAGAAAAAAAAAUGAAUGCAAGUCAACUUGGCUAAAAACGCUAUUUUCUAACCCGCUUUGCCUUACGCCCUGGAUCACACAUAUGUUGUACUGUGAUUUAAAUGAAAAGUAAGGAUGGGUGUUUCGACCCCGCCAGUCACGCACUUUGAGAUUUAUCAGCUUGUAAAAGUUCGUAAUUAGCACGACUACACACCAGAAAUCGGCACGUCACCACAGAAUCUCCUCUCCCCAAAGUAGCUGCUACUUACCAGAUGGCCAGAUUUAUGGUGGUUCUUUCCUCCUGUGGAUAGUUCGCUGAACUUACAGCCCUUCUCCCUCAGUUUUCUCCAUGUCUGGUUCCAUGACGUCACUUUCGUGAAGCACAUUUGUAGUCCUGGACUUAUUUUCACACAAAACAUAAAAUAGCAUUUCCCCCGUUAGAAAAAAAGUGUGUUCUUGGUAUCAAAAUGUGUCUUUAAAAUUCACGGACAUCAUAUGUGAAAUCCAUGGCACAAAACAAGCAGUAUUAGAAAAUAGCGUUUUUAGCCCCAUUGACUUGCAUUGAUUUUUUCGUUCUUCCAGGGACCCAUGGUCCGGAAGUAGAUGGGCGUGACUUAGGCUCCCUAUAUGCCGACGUCUUAGCAAAGCCCUUUAGGGCUGAUUUUGUAUGGCUGAGAGGACCGAGCCACUGUAUUUUCCCUGUCACCUUUCCCCGUUCCAGAAAUUUCCCGGGACUGUUGUAGUGGGACCGGCUUUUAUGUGACCACUUACUUGCAAGGGAAUAAGUUUGUGCCUCUCUGCAUUUGUUUAGCAUCAGAAACUCGUGACUUGGUUUUUCUCUGUCUUCAGUCAUCUGUUGACCGAAUAAAAGCACAAAACCUAAAACUAAAGUAAUCAAUUAGUUUUUCCAACGUUCUCCUCAGCCUGUAUGUGUGUUUUUCCAAUGGAGCAACUUGAGUGCCAAAGAUGUUUAUACUAAGUCUGUACCAUAAUUUCUUAUUGUAAAUUAUUUAAGCUUCUCCUGUUUUUGGUUACUUUUUCUUUUUGCUAGUGUUGUAAAUAAUUUAUUUAUUUGUUUACACUGACAUAUAAUUGAAUAUCACGAACAUCAAGGCAUCAUAUGACAUUAUCUUAAGAUUUGAAGUGUUCUGUGUACUUCCUUGUUAGUUUUUUUAAAUCUUUCAGAGACAACAUGUUGUAAAGCUGCUUUAACAAGCAGCAGCUGUUUGUGUAUGAGUCAAAGGAAGACAUUCCUGGUUUAGUUAUAGACAAGGCCUUGGAAUGACGUAUUAAAAGUGUGACUGUAACAUUUUAGGGGUGUCUUUUUCUAAUCGUUCUUUAUUUUAUGAGUUUGCAAAGAGUUCACAAUCAAAACUGGCAGUUUUAUUUUCUUAAAGGCUUGAUUCCUAAUAAAUACUGUGUUGUAUAUAAAUCUGAGAAUUUAAAAUUCAGCAAUAAUAAAAACAAAAAAUCACAUUAAACAUUUUAUAUAAAUACUUUUUCCAUUAUAUGUUGAUUUUAAGUUUAUUUUUGUGACCGUUACAGUGUUGGUCGAUAAAGUUUUCAGAUGAAGGUCUGGAGAGACUUAAGUGUGACUGUAGAGUAAGAGCAUGUUCACGUCCAACGUGAUUUUAACCAGUCUAUAUUUGUGUGUGUGUGUGUGUGGGGGGGGGGGGGUCCCGUAAAACUUUUUUUUCCUGAAGGUUUGUGAUGCACAAAAUGUAAAUUGUUUCCAAAUUUGUGUUGUUAGACACAUUUUCUACAAACACCGUUGGAUUCUGCUGUUUAAUAAACAAUUAAUUUUUACACCA